AGCAGGCUUUGUGAUCUCACUUUUUAUUUGUAAACAAAAUUCAAAACACCUCUCUAGGAGAGGUAGCCACAAAAUGCCGAAACAUGCGUCUAAGGGGCCGACGAAAAAGAAGAAGGAGGUGGACUGGGCCUCCGAUGAGCACUUCACCAAGGAACGUUCCAUGAUCUACAUCGAGCACACCUACGAGUGUCCCAUUUUCCAGACCAAGGCCGAUGAGUGUUGCGCCUUCCUGCAGCACAGGAUUCCGGAGCGCAAGUUCCAGCUGGUGAAGAACAAAUACGGUCGCAUCAUACCCCGUGAUGGAGCCUUCGAGAUUGGCUUCUCGCAGAAUGCCCGCACCUCUGUCCACCUGAUCUGGUCGGGUCUGGAACGAGGGCCACCGCGAAGGGACAAGUUCCCCACCGACUAUGAAACAAUCGUUCCGGAUGUGCAGAGGAUCCUCAAGAAAUUCUAUCCCGACAAGGCGGUGGGUAUAAGCGAUGAUGAUGAUGACGAGGACAAGGAGUAAAUGUAAAUUUAUCUUUAUAAAUACAUUUACCAUAACAAUAGCUAAUCCAAAGCAAAAGUAAACAAUCAGCUAAGGAAGACCUGUUGGCGGGAGACGUCAUCAGCAUCCCACAAAUACGCGAAAGUGUUCUGCAAAAUUGCUCUCAUUGUUGCCUGACAUCACAACACAUCAUCGUUUGACAGCUCUUUUCACGAGCUAAAUGCUUAAAUCGACCAGAAUAAUUAACCAAAUACAAUACUCGCACAUCAGCAGUCACCGCAGA